AUGGCAAACGGUGAUGACAAAGCCCCUGAAGGACGCUUGCACAAUGAAAUUUACAAAGUCGCCAUGAUGAAGUAUAAUCUUGGAAGUGCCCCGAACGAAGAGUUUGAAAGGAGAAGAAUGCCGGGCUCCAGGAAAUCGUACUGUCUGGCCAAUCUCACACUCCAUCUCAUGAUCAAGGAUGAUGUGCGAUUCUGGAUCACCUUCAAAGAAAGCGAGUUUGAUACGGUAACGACUACAUACUCUUGA